GAACAGAUACUGUGAGAGAUAACAUACUGCGAGCUGGAAGCAAACAUCAUCAGUGAAGAAUGAAGCGUUUAGUUUGUAUUCUGCUGAUGCUGGAAACCUUUGUGUUUGCCGUACAGCAGCAGGUAGAUGGAGGACUCAGUGAGAACGAGAUCAGUCAGCAGCUCAGAUCUGAGGAUAGAAGACAAAAUCCACCUCAAGCCGACAAUGUGAGUGCUGAAGCUUCAACUGACAGGCAACAAAACUGCAAUCUAUGCUUCCCUGACAUCCACACUGCACUGAGAGAAUUGACUGCCACGGUUACUGAGCAGAAAGCAAACAUCAGAGCUUUAGAGACACGACUGAGGGAUGCUGAGCAAAUUGCAGAACAACAGACACUCCAUCUGGAAGAGCUUACCAAGAAAAAUUAUGAAAUGUCAAAUCUUACUCAGAGUCAAGUAGAGGAGUUGAGAAAGGAAAAUAGAGACAGACAGAUAGCUUUUUCAGCUGGACUGAUGCAAUCUAGCAGUGGAAAUAUUGGUCCCUUUACCACUGACAUCACACUAACCUACCGGAACGUCUUCACAAACAUAGGAAAUGCUUACAACCCAAUUACAGGUAUUUUCACAGCCCCACUGAAAGGAGCAUAUAUGUUCAGACUCUCUGUUUACGGUCCAGCUAGUCAAGCAACUCCAUCAACUGUCUCCAUUAUUAAGAAUGGAGAGCAUGUAGUUGUAGCACCUGCUCAUCAGGCUGGGAAUGUGGUAAACUCCUCAAAUGGAGUUGUGUUGCUCCUGGAGGAUGGAGAUGUUGUCUAUGUGAGGCUUUCAGCUAACAGGAGGAUAUCAGAUAGCCAGAGUAACCACAAUACUUUCAGUGGCUACCUACUGUUUUCCUUAAGAGAUCAGUAACUUUGCAGAAUGUGAUCUUGAACCUUUAACAUAUGAUUUCAGAUGAAAAUCAUAAAGAAUCAUUGAACCUGAAUGGGUACUGUGAGUUUGAAAUCUGCCAAAAAUUACUGUAUACAGAAGUGUUUUGUUGUAGUAGUAAACCUAGAAUGUUAAAUUAUACCUUUUUAAGUGUAGCUUGUUACUGCUCCUUGAUCUGUAUCUCUUCAUCCUACAUAAGUAAAUUAGAGAAAAAAGAGAUGUUAUUGUGGCAUUUUCUAUAUACUCAUCUUUUUGGUAACUUUAUAAUAAGUAUAUAUUAAUAAAGUACUUACUUUGUAAGCUAUUAGUUUAGAGUUAAUUCAUAAUUUCUAAACUGCUAAUAAUCUAUAGGUAGUGAGUUCUUCAUUCAUUGUGACUGUAAUCAAUCUAAUUGUU